GCUCAUGGUCAACGCAUCCCCAAAUGGAUCGAUCCAGCGCCACCAAGACGCAUCUCGCCACCAUUUAUUUACCCCUCCAAUGUCCUCCGAGCACCUCACGCCCCAUCGACGACGACCACCAAGAUGCUGAGGCACUCAGCUUCCUCUUCUUCUUCCCCUAUUUAUACGGCACUCGCGCGCCUCACCAAGCUCAACAGCAAACGCAGCAAUCGCGUUCUUCUCGCGUCAAGAAAGACAAGUAGAGCCAAGACCACCGCACCGCUCCUAAUCCUCCUGAUUCUUGUUCUUGCUGUUGUGACGGUCGUCUUCUUGUUCCCAGCGAUCAUGUCUUCCUCCACCUCGGCCACUUCGUCGUCGGCCGCAGCGCCGUUCGAGAACCCCAGGGCGGUGGUGAAGAAGCUGCUCUCCGAGGCCCAGUCCGAGGGGCAGGGCGCCACUGUCAGGCGCAGCAUCGGCAGGCACGAGCUGCGGAACCUGGAUCCCUUCCUCAUGCUCGACGAGUUCUCAGUGUCCAAGCCCGCCGGGUUCCCCGACCAUCCACACAGAGGAUUCGAGACCGUCACCUACAUGCUCGACGGGGCCUUCACCCACCAGGACUUCUCCGGACACAAGGGCACCAUCAGGACCGGGGACGUGCAGUGGAUGACGGCGGGCCGCGGCAUCGUGCACUCGGAGAUGCCCGCGUCCGACGGCGUGCAGAAAGGCCUGCAGCUCUGGAUCAACCUCGCCGCCAAGGACAAGAUGAUCGAGCCGCGGUACCAGGAGCUGCAGAGCAAGGACAUAAGCUGUGCGUCGCAGGACGGCGUCGACGUCCGCAUCAUCGCGGGGGAGGCAUUCGGGGUGCGGUCGCCAGUGUACACGCGGACGCCCACCAUGUACAUGGACUUCACCAUGCAGCCGGGCUCGCAGCUCCACCAGCCCAUCCCGGCCGGGUGGAACGCCUUCGUCUACAUCAUCGAGGGGGAGGGCGUCUUCGGCCGGGAGAAGGCCGCGCCCACGGCCGCGCACCACUGCCUCGUGCUCGGCGCCGACGGGGACGGCCUCAGCGUGUGGAACCGAUCCGGCGCGCCGCUACGGUUCGCACUGGCGGCCGGGCAGCCGCUCAAGGAGCCCGUGGUGCAGCAUGGCCCGUUCGUCAUGAACACGCGCGCCGAGAUCCAGCAGGCCAUGGAGGACUACUACCACGGCCGCAACGGCUUCGAGAAGGCCACACAGUGGAGCUCCGCUUGAUACCCUUCUUUUCUUUGCUUGUUCAUUCAUGGGGAUGUGAGAUACAAAAAAAAUAUUGUGUAAUAAACAGGAGUUCAUAGUAGUAAUUCGUUUAUUCGUUCUGUUUCAUAUAAA